AUGUCAAGUGACAACGGCUAUUGCUGGGGUGGCUAUCUAGGAGCGGUGCUGAGAGCUACUACCAACCUGGUGAUCAAGCGUCAUGCGUCAUUCCACCUGAGCUGGGCCACGGGUACAAUUCACGGACUAUAA